GUGAUAUCAUGGAGGCUUCCACACCGUAUCCUCGCUCUCGUCGACCUUCCCGUUAUUGCCGUUGCUUUCACUUUCCCGCGCUAUUCAAAACCACUCUCCCUAACUUUCUCUUUCCUUUUCUUCAUAAAACACCCAAAUGGGUUCUCUCACCAAUCCAAAUCGCCACACUAAAUUCUCAGAUUUUGGCCGCAAACUCGUAUCGUCCCUCGCUGUAUCUGAAAACCCAUCAAUCUUUCAUGACAUACAUGACCCAAAACUCUCUCCUUCGAACCCUGUUCUCUUCUUCAAUCACUGGGUCAAUUCAAGAAAGUGCUCUGUCAGAGACACCAAAGUCUUACAUACCCACUUCCACAAGACUAAUAUCUUUCAUUCCGAUGUGUUUGUGGCAAAUUCUUUGGUCGAUUGUUACUGUAAAUCUGCUCACAUGGUUUAUGCACUUAGAUUGUUCGAUCAAAUUCCUCACCCAAAUACAGUUUCUUGGAAUAUCAUGAUUUCAGGUUUCAAUCAGAAUUCAAUGUUUGAGUAUUCGUGGAGAUUGUUUUGCAGGCUGCGUUCAUUUGGUUUUGAACCCAAUGAGUUCACUUAUGGGAGUGUUAUUUCGGCUUGUAAUGCUUUGCAAUCUCCUUUUUGUGGAAAACAAAUUUACUCGCUUGCAGUGAAAAAUGGGUUCUUUUCUAAUGGUUAUGUACGGGCUGGAAUGAUAGAUUUGUUUGCAAAAUACUGUAGCUUGGAGGAUGCUUUUAAGGUGUUUUACGAUGUUUUGUGUGAGAAUGUGGUUUGUUGGAAUGCUUUAAUUUCCGGGGCUGUUAAGAAUAAGGAGAACCAGAUUGCUUUGGAUCUUUUUUGCCAAAUGUGUCAUGGGUUUUUAAUGCCAAAUAGUUUUACAUUUUCUAGUAUUUUAAUUGCUUGUGCUACACUUGAAGAGCUUGAGCUGGGUAAAGGGGUUCAAGGGUGGGUGAUUAAGUGUGGUGCGGGAAGAGAUGUUUUUGUGGGGACUGCUAUUGUUGAUUUGUAUGCUAAAUGUGGAGAUAUGCACGAGGCUGUAAAGGAAUUUUUGCGGAUGCCAGUCCGCAGUGUAGUUUCUUGGACUGCUAUGAUUUCUGGUUUUGUUCAGAAGGGUGAUUCUAUUUCUGCCCUCCAAUUCUUCAAAGAAAUGAGAAAAAUGAGGCAGGAGAUAAAUAACUACACGGUUACUAGUGUGCUUACUGCUUGUGCUGACCCAACUAUGGUUAAAGAGGCAAUCCAGAUCCAUUGCUGGAUUUUUAAAACUGGGUUUUACUCAGAUUCAGCCGUAAAGGCUUCAUUGAUGCGUGUGUACUCAAAGAUCGGAGAGAUUGAUUUGUCUGAGAUGGUGUUUAAAGGGACGGAAGAUUUAAAGCACUUAAAUGUAUGGGCUGUUAUGAUAUCUGCUUUUGCUCAGCAUGAGAAUUCUGGAAAGGCAAUUGAUAUGUUCCAUAGAAUGUUUCAAGAGGGUCUCAGACCAAAUAAGUUUUGUAGCUCUAGUGUCUUAAGUAUUGUAAAUUCUUUAUAUUUGGGGAGACAAAUCCACUGCUACACUGUUAAAGCUGGGUUGGUCUUUGAUGUUUCUGUUGGGAGUUCACUUUUCACAAUGUACUCCAAGUGUGGCAGUUUGGUGGAAUCUUAUGAAGUUUUUCAGCAAAUUGUGAAGAAAGAUAAUGUUUCAUGGGCCUCAAUGAUUGCCGGUUUCGCAGAGCAUGGUCAUGCAGAUCAAUCCUUGCAGUUGUUUCGAGAGAUGCUGUUUGAGGAAAUUGUGCCUGAUGAAACGACUUUGACAGCGGUUUUGACUGCAUGUUCUGCUAUUCCAUCUCUGAAAACUGGUAAGCUAGUGCAUGGAUAUGCUCUUCGUGGAGGAGUUGGAAAGCAAAUACUUGUUUGCGGUGCACUAGUGAAUAUGUACUCGAAAUGUGGUGUUCUAGAUAUGGCAAGGAGGGUGUUUGACACGAUGCCUAUAAAGGAUCAAGUCUCGUGCUCUUCCUUGGUUUCUGGGUAUGCCCAAAAUGAGCGCAUUGAAGAGGCAUUACUACUAUUCCGUGAAAUGCAGAUGGCUGACUUUGAAGUUGACUCCUUCACAUUAUCAUCUGUUCUUGGGGCUGUCUCUCUUUUAAAUAGACUAGGCAUUGGUACCCAAUUGCAUGCCCACAUCAUGAAAAUGGGCUUAGAAUCAGAAGUCUCUGUCGGUAGUUCACUCAUUAUGAUGUAUUCAAAAUGUGGAAGCAUUGAUGAUUGCCGAAAAGCAUUCGGACAGAUUAAGAUUCCUGAUCUGAUCAGUUGGACAACAAUGAUCGUGAGCUAUGCUCAACAUGGAAAAGGUGCAGAGGCAUUAAGAGUCUAUGAAUUGAUGAGGGAAUCGGGAAUCAAACCCGAUUCAGUGACUUUUAUUGGUGUUCUAUCUGCUUGUAGCCAUAAUGGUUUGGUUGAAGAAGGCUAUUUUCAUCUAAAUUCAAUGGUCAAAGACUAUGGAAUUGAGCCUGGUUACCGACAUUAUGCGUGUGUGGUUGAUCUUCUUGGUCGGGCUGGAAGAUUGAAGGAGGCUGAAAGUUUUAUUAACAACAUGCCCAUCAAACCUGAUGCUUUGGUUUGGGGAACGCUGCUCGCUGCUUGCAAAAUGCAUGGGGAUAUUGAGCUUGGAAGGCUAGUAGCUGAAAAGGUUUUUGAAUUGGAGCCGUGUGAUGCCGGAGCUUAUGUUUCCUUGUCAAACAUCUGGGCCGAUGUGGGUCAGUGGGAAGAAGUCCUGAAGAUCAGAUACGCGAUGAAAGGAACUGGGGUGAAUAAGGAUCCAGGAUGGAGUUCUGUAUGAUUGUGAUCGUAUGGUAGCACACAGAUUACUUAGUAUGGGCGAGACACACCAUAACUUUUUCAUUUUUCUGAUUGUGAAAUUCAAAUAGUAGCAGACAUGUUUGCUUAAGACAUGACUGUUAAUUAACAGAUUAUUAACUGUUAAACCUGAAAAGUUGUGAUUUUUCAAAAGUACCCCUAUGAAAUCUAUAAAUAACAAUUUUGUCUAGCAAAUUUUAUGAUCUCUCAUUCUCUCCCCUAUCUCUAUUUUUAUAUUAGUUUUGCUCCUAAGAAAUUUUGGAAAUUCUCCAGGAUUGCUAUCUGUAGGAUUUCAGAUCCAGGAGAUGGUUUGCUGAAACCUAUUAGCAAACUCUGAUCGAUGAGGGCAAAUAUCGUCUUAAAGAAAGCUAUUUAUCACGCCACAAAGUGUAACGCCCCAACCCUUCACAUGUCAUCGAUAUUGUCUGCUUUGGGCCACGCCCGUACAGAUUUGUUCUUCCCAAUGAGUCACCCAUCCCAAAACUAUUCCAGCCUAAGCACGCUUAACUGGGGAGUUCUGUUAGGGAUUUCACUACCUGAAAAAAGGCCUCGAUGAUAUAUAAAAGGAUCCGGGUUUUUACUUUUAUAGUCUAAGGUCCCGGUGUAAUCCCAACAUUCUCUUACUUUAUAUCUUGACUAAGUGUAGUAAUUCUUUGCAGAAUUACUGAUCAACAUCUCUCUGGAAUGAGGGUGAAAUCUCGCAGUCCGAUUUGAAGGUGAACUGAUCGAAAAUUAAUUGGAUUAGAAUACUCUGCACAAGUGAAUAAGUUACACAUUUAGGAAGGUGGAAAUCAAGAUUCAUGUCUUGAAGAUGGAGGAGAUGAUAGUGUGCGCACUCGACACUUACAUCUUCAGCCUUGUGGAACCCUGCAUCAUUCUCAA